UCAACCCCAGGGCCGACCACACAUACACCAUGUACCAACUUUCAGAAGAGUCCAAGGAGCGCAUCGCGCGCAUCAUCGAUGUUUCCCGCGUCGCUAUUCACUAUGGCUACCUGCCUUUGAUUCUAUACCUUGGAUACUCCCAAAGCGUUCCCAAGCCGUCUCUGAUCCGUCUCUUCUCACCACUUGCAUAAGCACGAAAUGACGAUAUGACAACGACUUGCGAUUCACUGUACGAUACUAUACACUCUAGGCGCAUGGGUUCUUGGGUACGACAUCUACGCGAUGGUCGGGAAAACGGUCUAUAGAUGUACCCUGGGUUCCAAAUUUCCUCUACUCUAUCAAGUCGCUCGGUAGUCGGCAAAUCUUAUCCCACAUGAGGUGGGAUCUGUACAUGUACAUCAGAGCCUUUAAUACAGAUUGACGGUACCC